AUGGCGAGUAAAGGAGAAGGUCCAGCGAUCGGAAUUGAUCUCGGAACUACUUACUCUUGCGUCGGAGUUUGGCAACACGACCGUGUUGAGAUCAUCGCUAAUGAUCAAGGUAACAGAACGACACCGUCUUACGUCGCUUUCACCGACUCCGAGAGGUUGAUCGGUGAUGCUGCGAAGAAUCAAGCUGCUAUGAAUCCGGCUAACUCCAUCCACGAUGCAAAGAGGUUGAUUGGUCGUAAAGCUAGUGAUACAUGUGUCCAAAGCGACAUGAAGCUAUGGCCAUUCAAGGUCAUCUCCGGACCUGCAGACAAACCGAUGAUUGUAGUCAACUACAAAGGAGAAGAGAAGCAGUUCUCAGCUGAAGAAAUCUCUUCGAUGGUUCUCGUCAAGAUGCGUGAGAUCGCUGAAACUUACCUUGGUACUUCUAUCAAGAACGCAGUGGUUACUGUUCCUGCUUACUUCAACGACUCUCAGCGUCAAGCCACAAAGGACGCUGGUGUGAUUGCUGGCUUGAACGUAAUGCGUAUCAUCAACGAGCCGACCGCUGCAGCUAUUGCUUACGGUCUUGACAAGAAGGCAACUAGUGUUGGAGAGAAGAAUGUUUUGAUCUUUGAUCUUGGUGGUGGUACUUUUGAUGUCUCUCUUCUUACCAUUGAAGAAGGUAUCUUUGAGGUCAAGGCAACUGCUGGAGACACUCAUCUCGGUGGUGAGGAUUUCGACAACAGGAUGGUUAACCACUUUGUGCAAGAGUUUAAGAGGAAGAACAAGAAGGAUAUUAGCGGUAACGCGAGAGCGUUAAGGAGGUUGAGAACAGCUUGCGAGAGAGCAAAGAGGACUCUUUCUUCAACCGCGCAAACUACCAUCGAGAUUGACUCUUUGUUCGAAGGAAUUGACUUCUACUCUCCGAUUACUCGUGCUAGAUUCGAGGAGCUUAACAUGGAUCUAUUCAGGAAGUGUAUGGAGCCUGUUGAGAAGUGUCUCCGUGAUGCUAAGAUGGACAAGAGCUCAGUUCAUGAUGUUGUCCUUGUCGGUGGUUCUACUCGUAUCCCGAAAGUUCAGCAAUUGCUUCAAGACUUCUUCAAUGGUAAAGAGCUCUGCAAGUCUAUCAACCCCGACGAGGCCGUUGCAUAUGGUGCAGCUGUGCAGGCCGCGAUUCUAACCGGUGAAGGAAACGAGAAGGUCCAAGACCUUCUCUUGCUCGAUGUCACUCCUCUCUCCCUCGGUAUUGAAACAGUUGGUGGAGUCAUGACCACUUUGAUCCAGAGAAACACGACAAUCCCAACCAAGAAGGAGCAAGCCUUCUCCACUAACGCAGACAACCAACCCGGUGUGUUGAUCCAAGUCUACGAAGGAGAGAGAGCUAGAACCAAAGACAACAACCUCCUCGGUAAAUUCGAGCUCUCUGGCAUCCCUCCAGCUCCUCGUGGUGUCCCUCAGAUCACUGUCUGCUUCGACAUUGACGCAAACGGUAUCCUCAACGUCUCUGCUGAGGACAAGUCCACCGGACAGAAGAACAAGAUCACAAUCACUAACGACAAGGGUCGUCUCUCCAAGGACGAGAUUGAGAAGAUGGUUCAAGAAGCUGAGAAGUACAAGUCCGAGGACGAGGAGCACAAGAAGAAGGUUGAAGCCAAGAACGCUCUUGAGAACUAUGCUUACAACAUGAGGACCACAAUCCGAGACGAGAAGGUCGGAGGGAAGCUUUCAGCUGCGGAUAAGAAAAAGAUUGAGGAUUCGAUCAAUGAGGCAAUCCAAUGGCUUGAAGGUAACCAAUUGGGUGAAGUAGACGAGUUUGAAGACAAGAUGAAGGAGUUGGAGAGUAUUUGUAAUCCGAUCAUCACUAAGAUGUAUCAAGGAGCUGGUGGUUCAGCCGCCGGAAUGGACGAUGAUGAAGCUCCUCCUUCAGGUGGUGCUGGUCCCAAGAUUGACGAAGUCGACUAA